GCGGCAAAAAGAAUCAAACUAAAAUGAACACAGGAGCGGACAUGGUUUCCAUCCUGACUACUUGGAAGUAGGUCUGUUGCUUUACACAACCUAUGACACUUGCAUAACACCAUCACCCCUGUCAGAUAGGCUAUCAAAUAUCUACAUCAGCACCCAGGGGUCUCUCUGUCAAGGUAUUCAGAGUCCUCACUUUUUGAUAAUGCUAAAAUGUAAAAAUUAUCCCCAUAAUAAAACAAAGAGCUUAACCAGAUACAUUGUUAUAGACUGAGUUGUUUCAGACCUAUAGGAGGAGGACAGGAAGAAAGAGUCAGGUUGUAAAGGAGGAGGACAGAAAAGGAGGAAGCUCGCAGAAACAACAUGUGCUGCUGGUGACGCAGAAGGAGGCAGGCGGGGCUAAGCUGUGUAUAAGAGCUGAUGCUGAGUCCUCUCAGCGGCUACUAUCACCGGUUUCCUUGGAUCUGCUGCUGUACUAUCCUAACUACUGACACCACAAUGAAGAUAAAGAUUCCAGUGCUGUUCAACGCUGUUCUUUUUGUGGUCACGCUACCAUUUGCAGAGGGGGAAACUAAAGAUGUGACAGUGAAGAGUGGUGACACAUUGAAGCUGAUGACUGAUCCCUCUCUUAAACUGCAAGGUGACUCCCUCAUCCUGUGGUACAUCCAGUUAAUUGGACAGAAAGAGGGUAAGACCAUCGCCAACUAUGAAAGUGGGACAUUGAAGCUUCCUCACCCAGAGUGGUCCAAAGAAAAACUCCAGCUGGAUGAGACAUUGGGGUCUAUUACUAUUGGGCCGCUCAGCGUCAAUGACAGCAAUAUUUUCCACGGAGAAAUCAUUGACAUAAACAGCACGGUGCACAGGUUCCACUAUAACGUCACUGUCGUGGAUGAUCCAAACCCAGUGACUGAAAAACUCCCAGAAAGCAGGAGUGAUCCCAACAACCAGAGGAGCCACAUAGUUGUUGCUGUACCAACUGGCUUUGCACUGCUGAUAGUUGUCGUCCUGAUGGUCAAGAUGAAGAAACAGAAAAUAAAGAAAGGAAAUACUCAGGAAGUCCUUGACAUUCCGCUUCAAGACAUUCAACCUUAAGGAGAAAGAGAUGAGAGAAGAUCCAGGAUGAAUUUGACCAAAAAGAUAAAUCUGUCAUCAAACUAUUGCAGAGGAAACACACUGUAGCUACAUUUCACACAUGUUGUUUUGUGCCUUAAAGGAAAUCAUCAGGUUUAAUCAGGAUAUCCUCUAUAAGGAUCCUGCUGUCUGCUCUCUCAGAAAGAAAAAGGGAAACUGAGUAAAUCAGCAGCAUAUAAAGGAUCGGUGUCACAGCUGGAAAGUAGUCCGGCACAAUAUGGCCUCGGCAAGCUCCAACCAAAGGGACUCAAAGAUUCCAGAGUUGAAUUUGUUUGUAAAAUGGUGUGUGUGGUCACCUUUGUAUCAUUGACCCUGAAGUUGCUGUUGUGUCUCUUCUCCUGUCCUUUUGCUCCUUUUGCUCCUUUCCUGCGUGUCAUUCCUUCACUCUCUCCCUGAUUUCUGACUAUCCACUGUUCUCUCAAAUAGAAGUAAGGUGUAGGUAUUUUUGUGUGAGUCACAGGCAGCACAAGAUGAUGAGCUUUCAUCUCCGCUCUACUUCCUAUCUAGAGCCGUGGCUAGACGGCUGAAGCAGGUGCAGUAAAGAGAAAGACUUUGGACCCUGAAGUGAAGUCUAUAUAAGGAGUGGUAUGUGGGGAGUGAAAUUAGCUUCAUUAUAAUCUUCGUGUUACAACUUAAAUUAUCCCAAAAUACAUUUGUGAUAUACUGGCACACUUUUUGCACAUUUGUAAAGACCGAGAAAUGACUCAGGGACGUGAAAUGACUCAGGGAUGUGAUGUUCUAGUUUGAAGUUUGUUUGUCCAAGUGAAGAUUGGACGUUGUGUACUUCACCCUGCUGUUGUCAGUAAAACUGUGAGAAUCUUUCACAUUAAACAAUAUCUUCUUUGUAAUACCAAUGAAUGUGAUCUCUACACCACUGUUGCUAUGAGUGAUUGUAUUUAUGUAGGAUGACUGUAAAGGAUUUUUAGUCAUCUCAAUUGAUUGCACUGAUGUUUUUCUUAAUGUAUUAUUUAUGUUUAGCUAAGCGCUCCUCAUUCAGUUAUGGGAGAUACAGAAAUAAAAAUGUGUUGAAAACAUC